AUGAAAAUAAUUAUGUAAUAUCUUCUUAUUAACAAGAUUAUAUAAUAUUUCGUGUAUAAUAACCAGUGCUACAAUGAAAAUAAAAUUAGCUACGUUAUCAAAACGCGUGUGCAAAGGAAUCGAGGGAAAAAGAAGCUUGAGCAUGCGCAAUGAAGACAGCGCGUUCGAGAAUCGUGGCGGGCCAAGCUAUGUUCAUUCAGUUUGCCGGUACUAUUUGCUCGCUGCGGUUGUCGUGAUUUUGGAAAUGUGUUCACUUCGAAUUGUUGAUCGUCACGUGUUAUUCGUAUCCGUCAGAAUUUCCAAUUUCACGAUAGUUUAAGUCGCAAUAAUGGUAAUAACGGUUUCACAGUUUCGAAACGCAACGUGAUUGUAAUUGACGAACAUUUACGAAGUAUCGUGUCAAAGAGGUCGCUUAGAUCCAUGAAUACAACACAGAUCGAAUAUAUUCAUGUGAAAUAUAUGUAUAAGAUUAAAUGAAGUUUAGUAACGCAUUGGUAGAGACGAGUGAAAAUAUUUAUGACGAAAUUUGUGAAAUUUUACGAAGAUUUAAAAUAAUCGAUGAACUGUGUGUUCGAUUUCAUAGUUAAUUGUGUUUCUUUCUUAAUAUAUAUUAAAUUAUGGUUAUGGAAAGUGUCAUUGGCUUAAGAUAGCGAAACGACUUCGUAGUCACGAGAAAGCAGUUUAUAAUGUUACUUAAUACCAUCGCGUUAACGAAAACCACGAUUUAUUGGAGGUUAAAGAAAACUAUAUAUGACGCUCGUCCAACAGAGCUAGCAUUCUUUUCACGAUUCUCCAUGGAUUUUGACCAGUUGUCACCGUGUGUUUGGAAAUUUAGUGUCGUUUGCAAGGAUGUUUCGCGAGUCUAUAUCAGUCCAAAUGUAAAACUACCGACGUAAAAGAAUUACUGACCAUCUGAGUACUCGAAAUCCAAUAAAUUUUUAGAGUGAGGUUAAUCAUGAUUCGUAAAUAUAUAAACUUGACAUAGUGUUAAUUUUGAGUAAAUUGUGGUGCGACAAGUGUUUGUACAUGAAUGUUGUUGUGAACAAAAGUGGAAUCAUAGAGCAAUUGGAAAUAUUAUCGUGAUACGAAGCAAAGAUAUAUAUCAGGAUUGGAAUCCUGGUGGACAAAGCAUAGUAAAAAUGUUGUCUACAGUGUCCAGUAUUCCAUUCGAAUUGAAUUCUUCAUAUUAUACAACUGUUACCGGGAACAACGGUCUCGAUGCAUUAUCGGUGAUCGAGUCUAGAAAUACGACGGAUCUUUACAUGUUACCGCCUUAUAUUCGCAAUACAUCCAUGAUUACCUGCAUUAUAGUGAUGGUUCUUGGCAUAAUUGGAAACCUUAUGGUACCAAUCGUUGUCUUUCGAGGCAAAGAUAUGCGGAAUAGCACGAAUAUUUUUCUAGUGAAUUUGAGUGUAGCAGAUCUCUGCGUUCUCUUGAUUUGUACACCAACCAUUCUUGUUGAAGUGAAUUCUGGACCAGAAAUCUGGCCACUUGGUGAACAUAUGUGUAAAGCUGUACCAUUUGUUGAAUUAACCGUGGCACACGCUUCAGUUUUGACGAUUCUGGCUAUCAGUUUCGAGCGGUAUUAUGCAAUUUGCGAGCCCUUACGAGUUGGAUAUAUGUGCACAAAGGCUAGAGCGACAUUUCUUUGUUUCGUGGCGUGGAUCGUGGCAGCGCUUUGCACCAGUCCUAUCCUAUUAAUGGCUACAUACGAGGAAGAGAAUAAGGAUGGUACAUACAUUCCAACUUGUUACACGAAAGCAAACACAUAUUGGACAAUCAGUUUCAUCUUAUUCACAAUAAUUGUAUUCUUUGUAAUACCAUUCUUGAUUUUGGUAGUCCUAUACACGGUUAUAGCACGCCAUCUGAUGACGAAUCCAACAAUUAGCCGUGGCUCGUCGAACAACUUGCUCAAAUAUCGCAAGCAGGUAAUGCUCAUGUUAGGAACAGUGGUACUCUGUUUCUUCCUGUGUCUAUUACCAUUUCGAGCAUUAACGCUUUGGAUCUUAGUUGUCCCGAUUAAGGUGAUUCUCGAUUUUGGUAUCGAGCGUUACUUCACUCUGCUCUAUUUCUGCCGAGUGAUGUUAUACUUGAAUUCCGCCAUUAAUCCUAUUCUCUACAAUUUAAUGUCAACGAAAUUCAGGGAAGGAUUCCUUAGAUUAUGCGGUUUGGGUCCUAAUAGAAGAAAGAAGAAGAAAACGUCGGACAAAACUGGUACUUAUACUACUGGCUCAACCAAUUGCAGUAGUAACCACUCAGACUUCUGGAGACGACAUAGCAGUAAUAAGAGCAGCAGUGUUACGGCGCCGUGCAACAAUUCAACCAUGGAGAAACAAACAAAAGUACCACUUCAGACGACGGUCAUUAGCGGAAAUAUUGUUAGGAAAAAACAGGAAAGUUACGUUUGA